CAAGAUAGUUCUCAGACGUGUUGCUGCUUAAUUUUCAUUACAGGUUUUCAGUGGUUUUAGAUUUGUGAGGACAGUGGUGGACAAGUCUUAUUUUGUACUCCGGCCCAAAGGAGGCGCUGUGGAGACGCUGUAGCCUCAAAGGGUCCAUCAUCUGACGGACACUCAGCUGGCCCUCCACUAGUUUUUGACAACAACGACUCUGUCGACAAUGUUCACAUCUUGACUAUUGGUCCCUCAAAGCGCUUAAACUUACCAUUGCCUUUUUUCCUUUGAAUCUGUACAUCAUGGAGCCGUCUGCGCCCAAAAGCAAGCUGAAAAAGCUGAGUGAGGACAGCUUGACCAAACAGCCAGAGGAAGUGUUUGAUGUUCUAGAGAAACUCGGUGAAGGUUCCUAUGGCAGCGUGUUCAAAGCCAUCCAUAAGGAAUCAGGCCAGGUGGUGGCCAUCAAGCAGGUUCCUGUUGAGUCCGAUCUGCAGGAGAUCAUCAAGGAGAUUUCCAUCAUGCAGCAGUGUGACAGCCCUUACGUAGUGAAGUACUAUGGCAGCUACUUCAAGAACACAGACUUGUGGAUUGUCAUGGAGUACUGUGGAGCCGGCUCGGUCUCGGACAUCAUCAGACUGCGCAACAAGACGCUGACAGAGGACGAGAUUGCAACUAUCUUGAAGUCGACGCUGAAGGGUCUCGAGUACCUUCACUUCAUGAGGAAGAUCCAUCGCGACAUCAAGGCAGGAAACAUCCUCCUCAACACGGAGGGACAUGCCAAACUGGCGGACUUUGGAGUUGCUGGACAACUGACGGACACCAUGGCAAAGAGAAACACUGUAAUUGGUACUCCGUUCUGGAUGGCCCCGGAGGUGAUCCAGGAGAUUGGCUACAACUGUGUGGCUGACAUCUGGUCCCUGGGUAUCACGUCCAUAGAGAUGGCAGAGGGCAAACCUCCUUACGCUGACAUCCAUCCCAUGAGAGCUAUCUUCAUGAUCCCCACCAACCCUCCUCCAACAUUCAGGAAGCCGGAGCUUUGGUCCGAUGAGUUCACAGACUUUGUCAAGAAGUGUCUGGUCAAGAACCCAGAGCAGAGAGCGACGGCAACACAGCUCCUGCAGCACCCGUUCAUCAGCCAGGCCAAGCCAGUCUCCAUUCUGAGAGACCUGAUAACUGAGGCCAUGGAGAUGAAAGCCAAGAGACAGCAGGAGCAGCAGAGAGAGCUGGAGGAGGAGGAUGACAACUCUGAGGAGGAGACCGAGGUGGACUCUCACACAAUGGUGAAGUCGGGCUCAGAGGGCGCAGGGACCAUGCGGGCCACCAGCACCAUGAGCGAUGGGGCGCAGACCAUGAUUGAACACGGCAGCACCAUGCUAGAGUCGGACCUGGGCACUAUGGUCAUCAACAGUGACGACGAUGAUGAGGAGGAGGAAGACCAGAGAUCCAUGAGGAGGCACGCCACCCCCCAGCAGCCAAUGCGUCCCUCCUUCAUGGACUAUUUUGACAAACAGGACUCAAACAAGGCAGCCCAGCAGCAGGAGAGCUACAACCACAACCAGCCGCAGGAGCAGCCCGGCUAUCACAUCCAGUCCAAGAACGUCUUCCCCGACAACUGGAAGGUGCCCCAGGAUGGUGACUUUGACUUUCUGAAGAACCUGGACUUUGAGGAGCUACAGAUGCGCCUGAGUGCCUUGGACCCCAUGAUGGAGCGGGAGAUCGAGGAGCUCAGGCAGCGCUACACGGCCAAAAGGCAGCCCAUCCUGGAUGCCAUGGAUGCGAAAAAGAGACGACAACAAAACUUCUGAGCGCCUCUCCCCCUCCUGUCUCGGUUUUCCAAAGCCAACGUCACCACCAAACUCCUGUCCCUUCGACUCAGAGGAACUAAAAUGACCUUAUUGUCUCUGUUGGAAGCCCACUGCUGUUCUGACUGACUGCUUACUGUCCCAGGCAACGUCCAUUUUGGCUCCUGGAAUCUACACUCGUCUGCCUUGUUUCUACACCAUGUCUGGAUGCCGUUCCGCCAUCUUAGAUCUUAUAUUUGUUCCCGUGGUUCCUGUGUAGUUUCCUUCCCAUGAAUGACACACGGGACUGCGGCCCAAAGAGAGAACUAAGGCUUGGCGAUUAUAUAUCACAAAAUGAAUUUCACCGUUUCCAAAUGCAAAAAACCCAUCAGGGAGUCACCACCAACACACAAGUAAGCAGCAGCAGCAGUAUAAUCAUCAAGUCGAUGACAAGUGGUCAGACUUUCUCAGUGUAAAUAUAACAUAGAGCCAAGUUUGGAAAUACCUGCAACAAAAAGCUGUGGAGGCUUGUCCAUGACCAAAGACAAUCAAGAUGUUGUUGAUUUUAGAUGAGAAUGCCUUAAAAUAUUUGAAACCUGGUUUUCAAAAAUGAGCAAUGUAAUAAAACUAGUUGUCGGAUGGUUUGAAUCCCAUCUCCUCACGUGGAGAUGAGCUGGAAAGCUACGAGAAUGGACAGAAAAUCAUGUGAAGAGUUUGUGCAUGUUUUCAAUCGCCAACCGAUCAGAGAAUUUCUGAACUUAUUUCAUUAGUCUUAAUCAUUUAUUCAAUUUUCAACAUCCAGCGUACUGUCUAUAGUGACAGAUUCCAUGCAUCGUAGUGCCUCAUAACACACAUCCCACGUCUACAUCCCAACACUCUUCAUCAGUGUAAAGUCAGAGCUUUUACAUGACAAGAUGAUCCAGUUGAGUUGGCACCAAAAAACAUUCCUAUGUUAAAAAAUACAUUUCAUUACAAGCUGAAGCAUUCCUAAAUACUUUUAUUUUGAAGACCCCGUAGAUUUCUUUCAGUGGGUUUUCUGUCGUUCUUCCAUAUCAUGAUUGAUUAUCAACAGAUUACAAUACGACUGUCUAACACAUUUAAAACCAUCUCACGAAAAAGCAUUGAAGAGGACAAAAUUGCACAACUAGUCUUGUAAAUUGUUUUAUGGCUAGUAGUCACUCAAGGAGACACUUCAGUCUCAGAUAACGUGACUCAAGUGACUGACUGACUGAUACUGUACACUUCAAUUGAAAACAGCUGCUGCAUCAGCCACACAUCUGAUAUCUGAAUGUCUGACAAGUUUUGCAAAAUGCAUUAAGAUUUAGUUUAUAUUUAUGUUUCAGCAUUAUGCGUGAGAACGUGCUGGUUUUUGACAUUAAUCUGACGUGUAGAUGUGAUGUUGACAAUGAAGGAACGAAGACGUACUGUCAGCUUGUGCCGCUUGCUUUGUGUUUUUAGAGAUUCGCACGCUUGUAACAGCACAAAACUCUGCUUAGACAAAACUGUUCAGCUGGGCGUUGGAUUAUCAGGCGACUUAAACUAAAUUAAGGAAACUUGUGUCAAAAUGUAACACAGAAUUCGCUGUUGUCAGAUUCUCGGCUCUUAAAUAUGGUUUGAUGUGGCCUAAAAAAAAUCCAAUGUUUAUUUCACAGUUUUGAAUGUUUAAUUGAAAACUCUUAAAAACACAUUUGGAUCUCUUCGUGAAGGAAACAAACUGCUUCAUUGUGGUUGUCUUUCAGCUUAUCUGUUGCCAUCAAUUUGACCCGUUUGUACUAAUAACGACCUUUUGAAUGAAUUAUGACUGUCUUUAAAUACAUGUUCAGUAGGUCUGCAGGUUGCUGUUACACAUGCAUAUGCAGUCUCAUAUGCAUAUUAAUGGGUCAUUUUAAUGAUGCCACAAAAUGGAUCUGUUACACUGAUGGACAAUGAGCUGACAUUUUUAAACACCUGAAUCAAAAAUUUCAGUGAGUAACCAUGUCUAUCUUUGUGUUGUUGUUGUUGUUUUUUGUUUGCUUGCCUGUUCUGUCAUGCAACCCAUCAACAUUCUUGUCAUGAAUUUUUUUUUUUUUUUUUUUUUUUUUUUUACAAGACUUAAUUCUGCAUUGGCAACUUCCAUAUAAGCAUUCACACUUUAUUUAUUAAAUGUGUUUUUCUUUUUGUGACACUGGUUUUAAAUAUGGUAGCUGAUUUGACUGUUUUGGUAUUUUGGCCCUCUGUCGAAAAAAUAUAUGUGGCUUGACUUCUGUGCGUUUUAGACUAUGCAUGUUUAUAAAUUAUGUUUGCUAUUUAGUGGAAUGCUAUUGUAUUAACUGCACAGCUAAGAGUACUGUUAAUAUGGAGGCUGGAUUUUCAGCUUUAACAAAAAAAAACCAACAACAACAAAAAAAACUAAACUAUUUGCUCUGUACAAUUAAAAAGCCCCUGACAUUGCGGAGAAUCUGCCAUAACAUGUACAGUUAUCUGACAUCAGAAAAUCACAUUUUGAUAUAUAGCUCUAUGAUUUUGUUUCCAUUUUAUUUCAGUUUUCUCCACUAUAUAAUGACUUGAGGGUGUAGAGUGGAAUGUAAGCAUUUAUGUUUGAACCACUUAAUUUAUUAUCUUUUGUUUGUAAUACUUUAUAAAGUUUUGAAAAGGUGCAAGAAAUAAUAAAAGUUACUUAUAGUUAACCAUAA